GGAAAAUGCUGAGAUAAAAUGUUUUUGUUGAAACAUUGUCUGUAACAUUUUCCUAAAAUCAUGGCAUUUAAAGCUGUGCCAGGUUUAUAUAGUUAUAAACGAUUUUUCAUUUUUUUAUUUUUAGUAUUACUUGUUUCCAUUUUAAUUGUAUUAGUGGGACUGUUAAACUUUUUACCAGGAUCAAUUUACUCAUCGGAAAAUAAUUAUGAAUGUCUGAAUCUUAAAAAUUUAGAUAAUAUCCCAGAAGUUACUUUGCCUACAGAUUCUCCUAUAUCCAGUGGUCCGAAUCCAAAGUGUAGUUACUAUGACUGCUUUAAUAUCUAUAAAUGUGGUCAUAAGGGUAGCUCCAAGAUUUUGGUAUAUGUGUAUCCUCUUAUAAAAUAUUAUGAUUUAAAAGGUAAUCCAGUGACUAGUCAAAUGUCAAAAGAAUUCUAUCAGCUGUUGAAAACUAUCACAGAGAGUAAAUAUUACACACCCAAUCCUUUAGAAGCAUGUUUAUUUGUUGUGUCUAUCGAUACUUUAAAUCAAAAUAGAUUCAGAGCUAAAGAAACAUCUCAAGCUCUUGCUUCUUUGCCACAUUGGAAUAAUGGUGAAAAUCAUAUUAUUUUUAAUAUGAUACCUGGAUCUGCGCCUGAGUAUAAUACUGUAGUUGACCUGGCACUUGGAAAUGCUAUAGUUGCUGGAGCAGGUUUUGACUCAUGGUCUUACAGAGUCGGUUUUGAUAUUUCAUUACCAGUUUUCAGUCCUAUUGCUAGUACCUUAAAAGAUGCUUCUUAUACGAGGAAAUGGCUUGUUAUUAGUUCACAACUGAAUAUCCAUCCUGAAUAUUAUUCAGAACUAUUGCAAUUAUCAUCUAAUACUAAUGAAUUAUUAGUCCUGGAGCCUUGUCAUGAUAUGAGAAAUGCUAGUAUGAGAUGCCAUGGAACCAGAACGUACCAUUACCCCCAUAUUCUACAGAGAGGAGUUUUUUGUUUGGUUCUAAGAGGUGCCAGACUUGGACAGCCGACUUUACUUGAUGCCCUAGCUGCAGGUUGUAUUCCUAUCAUAAGUGCUGAUACAAUUGUGCUUCCAUUUGCUGAUGUCAUUGAUUGGAAAAGGGUCUCAUUGCUACUGAGUGAAGGAGAUUUAAGCAGUAUUCUUAAAGUUGCUAGUGCCAUACCUACAAUUAAACAAAAGGAAAUGAGUGCACAAGGAAAAUGGCUUUAUUCUACUUAUUUUUCUUCAAUGGAAUCUAUAACAUUGACUGCAUUGAACAUUUUGAAUGACAGGGUGUAUCCCCAGUAUGCAAGAGUUUACGAAGAUUGGAAUAAUCCACCUCAUUCUUCUCCAGUGAAAUCACCUUUGUUUUUGGAACUUACUGCACCUCGAUGGCAGGGCUUCACAGCUGUAAUACUGACUUAUGACAGGGUUGAUAGUCUCUUUCUAUUAAUACAGAAGCUUGUUAAAGUUCCAAGCCUUACCAAGGUCCUUGUUAUAUGGAAUAAUCAAAGGAAAUCACCCCCUCAUGCAUCAUUGUGGCCAAAAAUAUCGAAACCUUGGAAAUUAAUUCAAACCAAAGCUAAUAAACUAUCAAAUCGUUUUUACCCAUAUGAGGAAAUAGAAACUGAAGCUAUCCUGACAAUUGAUGAUGACAUCGUUAUGCUCACUGCUGAUGAACUAGAAUUUGGAUAUGAAGUGUGGAGGGAAUUUCCUGAUCGGAUUGUCGGUUUUCCUUCAAGGGUUCAUGUUUGGGACAAUGCUACAAAUAGGUGGAAGUAUGAAUCAGAAUGGACAAAUCAGAUAUCUAUGGUUCUUACUGGAGCAGCAUUCCAUCAUAAGUACUGGAGUUACAUGUACACAACAUCAAUGCCAGGUAACAUCAAAGAGUGGGUGGAUGACCACAUGAAUUGCGAAGAUAUUGCCAUGAAUUUUCUUGUGGCCAAUGUAACUAAUAAGGCACCAAUUAAGGUCACACCUCGCAAAAAGUUCAAGUGUCCUGAAUGUACGAACACUGAGAUGCUUAGUGCAGAUCUGAAUCACAUGGUAGAACGAUCACAUUGUAUUGAUAGGUUUGCAGCUGUGUAUGGACGACUUCCUUUAAGAACUGUCGAGUUCAGGGCUGAUCCUGUUCUUUACAAGGAUACAUUUCCUCACAAAUUGAAAAGAUUUAAUAACAUAGGGAGUCUCUAAUUGAUGUAAUUGGAUCAUACAAUAAUGUUAGCUCUCAUAAAUACUACUGUAUAAAAGCUAAAAUUUUUCUUGAUUUAAGUUAAGUAUUUAUAAUUAUUAGAUAAUUUAUGUCCUGUUCUGAAACCCAAAUAGAUAAAAAAGAAGAGAGCAAGUGAAGUUUUUAUUUAUGUAUAAAUUAUUAAUCAGAAAAUGAUACAUCUAUGUAUUUAUAUAUUUUUUGUUAUUGAGAAAUUUUUUUGAAUCCUCAAAUUAAUUAAUGCUAGUCAAUUUAGAUUUGUUUGUUGGGUAUUUUUCAUAUAAGUAAUUUAUAAAUUUAAGGUGUUAAUUUUAAAAACAAAUAAUGUUCUUGUUUGUUGUUUAUUGGUGAUUAACAUCUUAAUGUAUUCUAAUUAGGACAGUAACGACAGAAAUUUGAUUCUUUUUGAUUGGUUAAUCACAAGAGUUACUGAUGCAAUCUCUUUUAUUAUAUUCUCCACCAUGAGAAUAUAAUUAGAUAUAUAAUACGAUUUGUACAUUUGUUUUGUUUUAGUUUGUCUUAGAAUUGCAUAAUUGAAACAAAGUAUAUUUUAUGUAAAUAUCAUUAAAAUUAUGUUUAUUUAUUUAGCUCGAUCAAAGACUGCCAGAAAGAUUAAAAUACAUUUUAGUAAUAG